AUGGACGAAACACUAUCGUUAUAUGAGUUGAGUUGUGUAGCAAAACAUUUUGACACCACUUCACAAUUUGUGAACUUGAUGAAAACAUGCAAAAAGUACAGCGACAUUUGUGACGUCUUUUUUGUGAAUCCAAUUCCUCUUGACGAACAGAAUGAAAAACUUUUUAGACAUUUGACUACACAACAGAUCACAAGCGAAGAUGCUUACAUACCACCAAACAAGAAGAACACACUGUGGUUUAAGAAAACAAAUUAUAAAGUCGUUAAACCGUUUGAGAGUAAUGACAAUAUAAUGGAAGAGGUGACUUAUCGUCGUGAGGAUUAUUUGUCUUUUGGUAUAGAAGUUCCUCAUUGUGUUAAUACAAUUGGCACCAAAUGUUUUGAGAAUUGUAAUGGUCCGAUGUUAGUGAAUACCAUAAGUGGCUCUGUCAAGAAAAUUGAUUUGUUUACUAAAGUUAUCAUCCCCGACUUAGUCAAUACAUUGGACUCGUUUGCAUUCCACAACUGCACACAACUGACUGAAGUUUCACUUACACCAUCAAUCACAAAGAUCGGAGAAAAGUGUUUUGAGAACUGUUGUAUGCUCUCAAAGAUAAGUGGAAUUGAAGGGGAGAACAGUGCGCUUAGCCAAUUAGGAAAAGGGUGCUUCAAAAAUUGUGUGUCAUUAGUUUCAAUCGCGUUCCCACCAAAAGUCUCGAUACUCCCUGAAAAGUGCUUUGACAACUGUAACUCCCUUGCAGAGAUUACCGCAUUCCCACAACUCAUCGGACACCAUUGCUUCAAUAAUUGCAACUCACUGAAAACGGUUUCGUUCUUUGGAAUUGGAAGAACGAAAGAGAAGACUGUGGUGACUAUCCAAAUGAUUGGGUAUAAGGCAUUUGCUGGAUGUAGGAAUCUUGUUGAUGUCAGACUCAAUUCCGCUAUUGGAGAAUUUGGAGUGAGAUGCUUUGAAGGGUGUAUAAGUCUAACUAAUGUAUCGCCUUUACCAAAAAUCCGUGGGGCAGACUGUUUUAAAGACUGUAAACUUCUUAAUUUGAAACUGGACGGUGGAGAGAAUCAGGCGACUUCAAUGGUGUAG